AAGUGAAAGUGAAGUGUAGUUGAGCUGUUGUGUGUUUGUGUCUCUGUAUUCAUGCAGUAAAAUGGCAGAAGCCAGAAUUUUUCAGGAUGAGUUCAUGUGUUCAGUGUGUCUGGAUCUCCUGAAGGAUCCAGUGACCACUUCUUGUGGACACAGUUACUGUAAGAUCUGUAUUACAGGCUGCUGGGAUCAGGAGGAUCAGAGGAGAGUCUACAGCUGCCCUCAGUGCAGACAGACCUUCAGUCCAAGACCUGCUUUAGCUAAAAACACCAUUCUGGCUGAAGUGGUGGAGAAACUGAAGAAGAUUAAACUUUCUGCUGACUGUUACGCUGGAGCUGGAGAUGUGCAGUGUGAUGUCUGUACUGGGAGAAAACACAAAGCCGUCAAGUCCUGUCUGGUGUGUCUGGACUCCUACUGUCAGAAUCACCUUGAACAACAUGAGACCUUCUUUAAAGGAAAGAGACACAAUCUGACUGAAGCCACUGGACGACUGCAGGAGAUGAUCUGCCCGAAACACGACAAGAUCCUUGAGGUUUUCUGCCGCACUGAUCAGAAGUGUAUAUGUCUGCUGUGUACGAUGGAUGAACAUAAAAACCACGACACUGUAUCAGCUGCAGCACAGAGGACAGAGAAACAGCACCAGCUGAAGGAGACGCAGAGGUCGUUCCAGCAGAGGAUCCAGCAGAGAGAGAAAGAUCUUCAGCAGCUGAGAGAGGCUGUGGAGUCUCAUAAGCGCUCUGCACAAACAGCAGUGGAGGACAGUGAGAGGAUCUUCACUGAGCUCAUCCGCUCCAUUGAGAGAAGACACUCUGAGGCCACACAGCGGAUCAGAGAUCAGGAAAAGACUGCAGUGAGUCGAGCUGAAGGACAACUGGAGCAUCUGGAGCAGGAGAUCAAUGAUCUGAGGAGGAGAGACGCUGAGCUGGAGCAGCUUUCACACACACAGGAUCACAUACAUUUCCUGCAGAGUUUCCAGUCUCUCUCAGCUCCACCUGAAUCUACAGACGUAAAUGACGAUCCCUUCAAUUCUCUCUCCUCUUUUGAUGUUGUGAGAGAAUCUGUCUGUCAGCUGAGAGACAAACUGGAGGAUUUCUGCAAAGAGGAGCUGAAGAGGAUCUCUGACAGAGUCACUUUCACCAACAUUGUUCCCAGAACCAGGAACGACUUCCUACAAUAUUCUCAUCAGCUCAAUCUGGAUCUGAACACAGUGAAUAAACGCCUCUGUCUGUCUGAGAGGAACAGAGUGAUUACAUUCACUAACACAGAUCAGCCGUAUCCUGAUCAUCCAGACAGAUUUGAUUAUUGGGAGCAGGUGUUGUGUAGAGAGAAUGUGUGUGGACGCUGUUACUGGGAGAUUGAGUGGAGUGAACGUGUGUAUAUAUCAGUGUCAUAUAAGAGCAUCAGCAGGAAGGGAUCGGGUAAUGAGUGUUUGUUUGGUUCUAAUGAUCAGUCCUGGAGAUUGAUCUGCUCUUCCUCCAGUUACUCAUUCAAACACAAUAACAUAGUGACUAAACUCCCAGUAAAGUCCAUCAGCAGUAGAAUAGGAGUGUAUGUGGAUCACAGUGCAGGAACUCUGUCCUUCUACAGCAUCUCUGGAGACACAAUGAGCCUCAUCCACACAGUCCAGACCACAUUCACUCAACCGCUCUAUCCUGGGUUUACUUUUGGUUUUGGAUCAUCAGUGAAACUGUGUUGAUGAAUCAGAAUAGACUGUAGAGAGAUUCUACCCAUAAUGCCUUGAGCUCAUGAUGAAUCAGUAACAGUGAGAUGUUAUAGAGCAGAGGUGCCUAAACUUUUUACAACGAAGGGCCAAAAAUCAAACUUGAUCAAGGUCUGUGGGCCGAAAGUAAAAGUUGCAUUAUAUCAAACUUUUAUAUUAAACUUAAAGUGGUAAACUUUGGUUACCUUGAUUUAUGAUUUCAUAAUUUUAAAACAUUAAGAAAUUUGCAUAGGAAAAAAAAAUCUUUAACAUUUAAGAAACUAAAUCAUAACUAAACAAAAUAACAUGCAAUUUCCUAGAGGUUCUGACAAAAUGUUAAUUGCUGCAGAGUAUUUAAAAUUUUUAAUUAAUUUGAAUUAUUUUUAAAAAUCACUUUGAAUGAUUCAAUCACUUGCUCAUAAAGACUUUACGUUUCAUUGCUGGAUGAAUCAGCAUUUUUGAACGAAUCUCUUGAAUGAAUGAUUUAGUGACAAAUACAUUUUUGUCACCAUCUGGUGACGUAACAAUGUCAUAGAUUCAAACAGUAUUUGAAGAGACAAGUUACUUUUAAAAGGUGAUUUGCUCUAUUUUGAUUGCUACUGUGGGCAUCAGUGUUAUAUUCGAAGUACAGAGUAAUUCUGUGAUAAUUAGAAUAUUUGUAAUACAGAAAUAAUGAUACUUUUUGGUUGAAAAGACUGAAGCUGUUUCAGAUACCUGCUCUCUCUGGGGCAGCGGCACGGGCAGGAAUGAAUGUUCUGGGUUCUUUUGUCAAAGGUUUAAUAGACACAGGAGAAUCAUUGUCUUAAUUGAAAUCGCAAUCUUUUAACGAUUAAUCAUGCAGCUCUACAGCACAGUGUAGCUAUAUUCUCCAAAUGCUCUUGCAUAUGCAUAAUAUAACUGCAUGUGGACGAAAACAAAAAUGAACUUGGUUAAAAACUGAUGCACAUAUUUAUGGAUAAUAAUGCAGAAAUUAAAACUUGGUUUGUUGGUGCAACGAAAGUGUAAUCGGAGAUGACUGCUGUAAUGAUUAUUAAAUUCUGUAUUUUCUGAAUUUAAUGAUUAUUAAAUUCCAUAUUUUUUUUCCAUUUUUUGUUUUCACUCCUAAGCGGUCCUCCUUCACACUUAGCCUACUUAUCAUUGUAGGUCUUGUUUUUUAAACUGAAAACUCUUGAUCAGUGAAAGUAUAAUCUGGAGCUUCAUCUUGAAGGGGGUUGGUCUUCUAUGGAUAUUUCAUUGAUGUGAAGGUGGUUGGGUUGAGUUUCCUCGGACAUCUCCACAGAGAGUAUGGCAUGUUCUUCCGUAUCAGAGCAGGUCAUUAUAUCAUGCAAAGAAAGGUGAAGAAUAAGACUUUUAUUAGUUGCUUGUAUGUUGUGGGACUGUGAUCACUAAGACACAGAUGUCAGACUGAGGAUUUUUUUUUUUUUUUUUACUUUCUAUGACUUAUCAGAUGUAUUCACAUAUAACAUUUUCUAUAAUCUAAAAUAACAUUAAAUAUGUUUCCUCAAAACAAUGUUUUCUUCAUUGAACAACAUUUAUGAAUUUUGUGUGGCACAAACACAUUCAUUCAACAGAAUCUCUGCUUAGAGAUAAUUACCGGUUAUUUUUGGCCAAAUUUAACACUUAGCGUUUGUGGAAAUUUUAAAUAGUUUGCAGUCCUUGGAGGCACAGAAUUUUAAAGUAAUUUUUGUUGGGUACCAGGGCAUUGUAGUAUUACAGGGAAAGGACAAGCUGAUGGUGGCUAAGGAAGCUUCAUCUUCAAAGCUCAAAAAUGCCAAAUUCCACCUUCAGA